AUGUCGCCAGUGCAGAUUGAGUGUGAGCUUCAACAUAUCGACCACACUCACUUUGGCUGGAUCCAUGCGCAAGUUAUAGGAAGCUGGAUUGACCAUAGUGGGACACGACCAGCAUGGCAUAGCAUUGUCCUUGCUCGUGUUCAAAAGGGCAACCUUCCCUUAACAACUGCAACACCACCAACCAUCCUCACAAAGUAUCCUGAAGUCACAAAGACCAUUAUUGAAGAUCUCCGUGCUCUGCGUGCAGUUGGUGUGGCUUUGGACACAAUACAUUGUCAUGGUGUAAUCAUUGCUCACCUCACGGUCUCUUGCCCAGAAAUCUUCGAGGCCACUGCCAAGGACAGCUCAAAAUUCCAAUGUACUGAGUCUUGGGUCAAGAAAUUUGUAGAUCGGACUGUCAAUUGGACAUUCUGUCGUGCCACACAAGCUGCACAAAAGACCCCCUUCCAAUGCUGA